AUGCCCGGGCCCGGCAUUUGCAAAGGGAGCGCCGGAACAGAAGACGUGCACGGGGGUGGGGGUGCUGCAGGAGGGGCCGAAGGGAAGAGCAGCAGCCGGGCCUCCUGCGACCCUCCCCCGGUUGCAAAGGCUGCAGCAGCUCCGAGCGCCACGAGGGCCGGAGGAGGGGAAGGCGAGGCGGCCAGUUUCUACAAUGCUCCAGUUUCCUUUGAGGAGGUGUCUGUCAGUUUCACUACUGCAGAGUGGGACGUGCUGGAUCCGGGCCAGAAAACCCUCUACAGGGAAGUCAUGCAGGAGAACUAUUGGAGUGUAAUCUCUCUGGAAGACAGAAGUAUAAGAGAGGCUGUACUGGAGAAAGACAGCAUCCUCACAUCCAGAGAAAGGCUGGAGAAUUUCUCAAGGGGAUCCCAAGAACACAUUUCUUUCCCGAGUGAGCUGGCUGAAAAUGAUGAUCAGAGAAACGAGGAGGGUGAAGAACUUGUCCAGCAGUUGCCAGAUCGAGUUCAAGAUCUGAAAGAAAACAAUAGAAACCGAGGCAGACCUAAGAGAAAGGACGGCAGCUGUAUGGAUGAGAAGAGAAAAGGAAAAAGAGGCAAGGAACCUUUUGAAUGUUCAGAGUGUGGGAAGAGAUUCAAUCACAAUAGCACUCUUCAAUGUCAUCAAAGAACCCACACAGGAGAGAAACCUUUUGAAUGUUCUGAGUGUGGAAAGAGAUUGAGUCACAGUGGUGAUCUUCAGCGGCAUCAGAGAACCCACACAGGGGAGAAACCUUUUGAAUGCUCUGAGUGUGGAAAGAGAUUCAGUCAGAGUGGCACUCUUCACCAGCACCGGAGAACCCACACAGGGGAAAAACCUUUUGCAUGCUCAGAAUGUGGAAAGAGAUUCAGUCGAAGUGCGUCUCUUCAGCUGCAUCAGAGAACCCACACAGGGGAGAAACCUUUUGAAUGCUCAGAGUGUGGAAAGAGAUUCGGUCACAGUGGCCUUUUUCUAAAGCAUCAGAGAACCCACACAGGGGAGAGACCUUUUGCAUGCUCUGAGUGUGGAAAGAGAUUCAGUCACAGUGUGUCUCUUCAUCGGCAUCAGAGAAUCCAUACAGGGGAGAAACCUUUUGAAUGCUCAGAGUGUGGAAAGAGAUUCAGUCAGAGUAGCCAUCUUCAACAGCACCAGAGAACCCACACAGGGGAGAAACCUUUUGAAUGCUCAGUGUGUGGGAAGAAAUUCAGUCUGAGUAGCCAUCUUCAGCAGCACCAGAGAACCCACACAGGGGAGAAACCUUUUGAAUGCUCAGAGUGUGGAAAGAGAUUCAGUCAGAGUAGCCAUCUUCAGAAGCACCAGAGAACCCACAUAGGGGAGACAACUUUUGAAUGCUCAGAGUGUGGAAAGAGAUUCGGUCUCAGUGGCCUUUUUCUAAAGCAUCAGAGAACCCACACAGGGGAGAAACCUUUUGAAUGCUCAGAGUGUGGAAAGAGAUUCAUUCACAGUGGCCCUUUUCGAAAGCAUCAGAGAACCCACACAGGGGAGAAACCUUUUGAAUGCUCAGAGUGUGGAAAGAGAUUCAGUCAGAGUAGCCAUCUUCAGCAGCACCAGAGUACCCACACAGGGGAGAAACCUUUUGAAUGCUCAGAGUGUGGUAAGGGAUUCAGUCGGAGUAGCCAUCUUCAGCAGCACGAGAGAACCCACACAGGGGAGAAACCUUUUGCAUGCUCAGAGUGUGGAAAGAGAUUCAGUCGAAGUGCAUCUCUUCAGCAGCACCAGAGAACCCACACAGGGGAGAAACCUUUUGCAUGCUCAGAGUGUGGAAAGAGAUUCAGUUGGAGUGGCAAUCUAAAACUGCAUCAGAGAACCCACAUAGGGGAGAAACAUUUUGAAUGCUCCGAGUGUGGAAAGAGAUUCAGUCGAAGUGCAUCUCUUCAACUGCAUCAGAGAACCCACACAGGGGAGAAACCUUUUGAAUGCUCAGAAUGUGGAAUGAGAUUCACUUGGAGUGGCACUCUAAAACUGCAUCAGAGAACCCACACAGGGGAGAAACCUUUUGAAUGCUCAGAGUGUGGAAAGAGAUUCAGUCGAAGUGCAUCUCUUCAACUGCAUCAGAGAACCCACACAGGGGAGAAACCUUUUGAAUGCUCAGAGUGUGGAAAGAGAUUCAGUCGAAGUGCAUCUCUUCAACUGCAUCAGAGAACCCACACAGGGGAGAAACCUUUUGAAUGCUCAGAGUGUGGAAAGAGAUUCAGUCGAAGUGCGUUUCUUCAGCAGCACCAGAGAACCCACACAGGGGAGAAACCUUUUGCAUGCUCUGAGUGUGGCAAGAGAUUCAGUCGAAGUGCGUCUCUUCAUCUACAUCAGAGAACCCACACAGGGAGGAGUCCAGGCAUCCGGGAGAGCUGCAGUCCCGGCAGAGCAGAGGCCGGACCCAGGGGGCGCUGGAGCCCCUUCCAAAGCACUGCUGCUCCAGAAGGGAAGGGAAGGAGGUUUGCAUGCCCAGGCCCAGCCUUUGCAAAGGGAGCCCCGGAACGGAAGACGUGCAAGCUCUGCUGCGGGGGGUGGGGUGCUGCGCCGGUGGGGCAGGAGGGGCCGAAGGAGAGAGCAACAGAGGCCUCCUGCGACCCUCCCCCCGGUUGCAAAAGCAGCAGCAGCUCUGAGCGCCACGAGGGCCGGAGGAGGGGAAGGCGAGGCGGCCAGGCGUGUGGAAGAGCUGCAAUCCCGGCGGAGCAGAGGCCGGACCCAGGGGGCGCAGGAGCCCAUUCCAAAGCACUUCUCCGGAACGGAAGGAAGGCUUGCAUGCCGGGCCCGGCCUUUGCAAAGGGGCCCCCGGAACGGAAGACGUGCAAGCUCUGCUGCCGGGGGGGGGGGUGCUGCGCCGGGGGGGCAGGAGGGGCCGAAGGAGAGAGCAGCAGCCGGGCCUCCUGCGACCCUCCCCCGGUUGCAAAGGCUGCAGCAGCUCCGAGCGCCACGAGGGCUGGAGGAGGGGAAGGCGAGGCGGCCAGUCAAGUGACUAAAGGCAUCUCUAUUAAAUCGGCGGUGACCUAA